AAUCAUGUCAGAGCAACGGGACUGCCCCGAAAAAAGAUGGCGGAGGAGGCCUCUGUGAGGGCAGACUGAUUCGAGCACCCAAACCCGCGGCGGACAGCUGAGGCAGUGGUAGCGGCGCGGUCUGGAUCAUGGAGCAGGGCGGCAGCUCUGGCAGCGCUGGCAGCGACAGCAGUACCAGCGGGAGUGGCGGGGAGCAGCAAAGGGAGCUGGAGCGCAUGGCUGAGGUCCUGGUCACAGGGGAGCAGCUACGGCUCAGGCUACAUGAGGAAAAAGUUAUUAAAGAUAGACGACAUCAUCUCAAGACCUACCCAAACUGUUUUGUGGCAAAAGAACUGAUUGACUGGCUGAUUGAGCACAAAGAGGCUUCCGACAGAGAGACAGCAAUUAAACUCAUGCAGAAAUUAGCAGACCGGGGCAUUAUUCAUCAUGUGUGUGAUGAGCACAAGGAAUUCAAGGAUGUCAAACUCUUCUACCGCUUUAGAAAGGAUGACGGCACCUUCCCGUUGGACAACGAAGUGAAGGCCUUCAUGAGAGGGCAGAGGCUGUAUGAGAAGCUGAUGAGCCCAGAAAACACACUCCUGCAGCCCAGAGAGGAGGAAGGAGUCAAGUAUGAGCGCACAUUCAUGGCAUCUGAAUUCCUGGAUUGGCUGGUUCAGGAAGGUGAGGCCACUACAAGGAAAGAGGCAGAGCAGCUUUGCCACCGGCUUAUGGAGCAUGGCAUCAUACAGCAUGUGUCCAACAAACACCCAUUUGUGGACAGCAAUCUUCUCUACCAGUUCAGAAUGAACUUCCGUCGGAGGCGAAGACUGAUGGAGCUGCUCAACGAGAAGUCCCCUUCUUCUCAGGAAGCUCAUGACAGUCCCUUCUGCCUGAGGAAGCAGAGCCAUGACCACCGCAAAUCCACCAGCUUUAUGUCAGUCAGCCCCAGCAAGGAGAUCAAGAUCGUGUCCGCGGUGAGGAGGAGCAGCAUGAGCAGCUGUGGCAGCAGCGGCUACUUCAGCAGCAGCCCCACGCUCGGCAGCAGCCCCCCUGUGCUCUGCAACCCCAAGUCUGUGCUGAAGAGACCUGUCACAUCCGAGGAACUCCUGACUCCCGGGGCUCCGUAUGCAAGGAAGACAUUCACGAUUGUCGGCGACGCCGUUGGCUGGGGCUUUGUGGUGCGAGGAAGUAAGCCAUGCCACAUCCAGGCUGUGGAUCCCAGUGGCCCUGCAGCUGCAGCGGGAAUGAAGGUCUGUCAGUUUGUCGUCUCUGUCAAUGGGCUCAAUGUGUUGCAUGUAGACUACCGGACAGUGAGCAACCUGAUUCUCACAGGCCCCCGGACCAUCGUCAUGGAAGUCAUGGAGGAGUUGGAGCACUGAGCAGCUGGACCUCCCAGCCCGCCAGUGGCCUGUGGGUGAUCAAAGUCAGAUGAAGCAA